AUGGAAGUACCAGGCUCAUCUUCCACCAUCUCUGAGGAGCAGCCUCGGAAGCAAGAGGGGCUGAGCGACACUAGAACAGACUCAGUCAAGCAGAGUCUCAUCUCAUCUGAGGAAUGGCUUCAGCUGCAUGGGCUUAAGAGCAACAAAUUGACCUUGAAACAGAUUUUAUCGCAGAUUGGAUUCCCACAUUGUGAAGAUUAUGUGGUGUCUCUGGGGAGACUUGUGGCUUCCCGGUACGCAAACGGCCUGUUUCCACGGAUCUACACGACCGAAGAUGGCAGAGUGUACAAUCUGACAGCCAAAUCAGAACUAAUCUCUCAGUAUAUGGAACAUUUAACACAAGCUGUGGAGAGCUACAAGCAGCGGAUGGACUGGCUCACCAGCAACAGCCGGCAGAUCUUUGGUGUCAUCUUGGAGCAGUGCAUCACCAUAGUGCUGGAUUUUGGUGGCAUGCUGGAGGAGGAGCUUAAUCUGUGCCGAGAUGCUCUAACCAUGGUCCUCCAGGAGCAAGUGGCUCACAUAGCCAAGUUCAAUGUCAUAUGGGUUUCUCAAGAGCCUGUGAAAUGGCAGGAAAACGCUGUUCCUGUGACAGCACCAUCCAUAGCUGCCGCCAUCAGCUGGGUUGAGAAGUUGCCUUUUGAGCUGGCUUCAAGCCACACCAGCCACCUGGAAGCUCUGCUGGAGGCGGGAAAGGAUGAAGUGAUUGAAUCCAUUUACUACUUCGUGGUGGGAGACGUUCCCGAGGAACCCAAGGAGCUUCUCCUUCAGCACGCUUUGGAGAUCCCCUGUCCUGUCUGCACGGUGUCCUUCAAUGCCAGAGGACAGGGCACCAUAGCCUUCCUGAAGGACUUGAGUGCCAAGACCUUCGGCAGAUUCCAUGCAUUUGCAGAGAGAACAGAAUGUGUAGAAUUUCCUGCCUUUCCCAUUAAGGAUGGUGACAGUGUGAUUACUUGGAAUUCAAGGAAACUGAAAGGAAAACUCCCUCCAGGAGCAGGGGUCAGAGAAGAUGUGUUUCUCAUCUGGAGGGAGAUGGAGGAAGCUGGCAGCACAUUGGCCCAGAUGCGGAGGCUGGUGGCCGAGACUCCCAAGACCAGUGUGGCCACAACAGACCAUGGAGCACAUGAGUCAAAUCCAGAGGACACCUGGGACUCAGAGAAGUGGCUUCAGAAAUAUGGUUUGAAAGCCCAGAAGCUAUCGUUUUACGAUGUCAUUGCUGACUGCUCCUUCCGCCACGCUGAUGGAGUUGUUGAUAUAAAAUCCAAACCAGGGAAUGAGUCAGUGCAGACCAGUGCGGAGACCAACAGGAAGACAGUCCAUGCGAAAUACUGUGGCAGAUUCGUCCACGCUCCCUGGAAGGAUGGGAGCUUGGUCCACGUCUGCAUCACCAAGGAGAAGUACACGUGGUUCAGUGAAAGAGUUCACGCAGUCCUGGCCCAGAUCCAGAGGAGGAUUAAAUGGUUACAGGAUGGGAGUCGAGGCCUCUUUGGAAAAGUACCUAGUGAUUGUGUCUACAUCCUCAUCGACACGUCUCACUCAAUGACAGGGAAACUGGACCUGGUGAAGAACAAGGUCAUCCAGCUCAUACAGGAACAGUUGAAACAUAAAAAGAAAUUCAAUUUUGUGCAGUUUGAUGCUCAAGCCAGUGCUUGGCAGGAAAAACUUGUUGAAAUCAAUGAGGAUAAUCUGAAAGGGGCCCAGGCCUGGAUUAGAGACAUUAAGAUUGGAAGUUCCACAAACACCCUGAGUGCCCUGCAAAUUGCUUUUGCUGAUGAAGAAACACAAGUAAUCUACCUUUUGACAGAUGGGAGACCUGAUCAGUCACCUGAAAUGGUUAUGGACCAGGUCAAAGUUUUUCAGAAAAUUCCUAUUUACACCAUCUCCUUCUGUUACAAUGAUGAGAUUGCAGAUGGAUUUUUGAAAGACCUUGCUUCUUUGACUGGAGGAGAGUUUCAUUCUUAUAAUUUUGGCUGGAAGGAUCCCUGUACUCCAGAGGCUGUUCAGAAUGAAGAUCUGACUCUUUUAAUUAAGGAAAUGGAGCAAGGACGCAGUGAUCUAGAGAAGGUGCAAGGCCUUUACUCAGAGUCAUUGGUCAUGGACUGGUGGUACAAUGCAGAAAAAGAUAGAGACAAGCAUCAAAAGGAAAUUUGUUCCAUGGUUUCAACCCCAGAAAAAUGUGCAAAACCUCAUGCUGAUGUCAAAUCAUCACGAAUGCCAAAAAUACCAGAGGACCCAUCAAGUCAAAAGAUUCAGAGAAAGAAAGUGCUCCACGCAGAACCAACCAAAACCAGCCUGCUCAGAAGCCAGCUGACCACCCUCAAGAGCUCAGCCUGCAGUGAGAGGAAGGACAGGCUUUCCAGUUCUAGCAGCUGGAACAUGCCAAGUGACAGGGAAAUGGGCAUCCUGCUGACAAAUGAGUUUCCAGAUGACAAGUCAUUAGAAAGAUUGACUCAAGAAGGAAGCCAAGUUUAUGACCAAGAUUCUGCAGAAAUGUCUUCAGCAACCUGGCUCAAGAUCCACGGCUUGGCGGCCAAGAAGCUCACCAUCAUGGAUGCUUUGUCCAUGGCUGCCAUUCCUCAUAGCUCCACCUACGUCCCUGUUCUGGACAAGCACGUUGUUUCCAAAGUCUUUGAUGAGGUGUUCCCUCUGGCACAUGUGUGCAGUGACACAAAUAAGAUGACUUUAAUUAACCCCCAAGGAGUGAAGCUCAAUAUCUACAAGCAGAAAGUGGAACAGGCAAUUAAGUCCUAUGAAAAGCGCUUGAAUAAAAUUGUUUGGCGAGCAUUAUCUCCAGAGGAAAAAAAAAAGUUAGAUGCAAACAAACCAAUGCGGUACUUAGAAAACAAGGCAGCUUUGAAUGAGGCAUUAGAAAGGUUGAAUUGGCCCAUUUCACUGAAGGAGCUGUCCAUGCUGGAGAAUGAAAUCCUAGCUGGGAAAAUGUACGUGCAGCAGGCCAUGGAGCUCCAAGAGGCUGUCAAGAAGGAGAAUUAUGUAAGCAAAGCACUCAAAGAGAUGCGUACCAUGCAACAGAAAAUUCAAGGAACUCCAACAAAGAAAAACAAAUCAAAAAAAUUGGAUCCACUCAGAGGCCAGAAGGUUAUUGCAAGAUGUGAUGAAAAUGGCUUUUAUUUUCCAGGUGUUGUGAAGAAGUGUGUGAGCCCCACCCAUGCACUUGUGGGCUUCAGGUAUGGAGACACCAAGGUUGUGCCCAUCUCGUUCAUCACGCCGGUGGGGGGCGCCAUGCCCUGCCCACUGCUCCAGGUUGGAGAUUAUGUGUUUGCCAAAAUUGUGAUCCCCAAAGGAUUUGACUUCUAUGUCCCCGCCAUUGUUAUUGCACUUCCAAAUCAAGAUAUGGCUGACAAUAAAUUCUACACAGUUUUAAAGUGUAACAACCGGAGAGAAUUUUGCCCUCGGAGUGCACUCAUUAAGAUCAGCCAAAACAAAUAUGCUCUCUCUUGCUCUCAUAUUAACUCACCCCCAAUUCAGGAGGAUUCAAAAGUGGAAGAUAUGGACACAAAGAACUCUUCUCUCCUAGUAUGGCCAAUCAAAGAAGUUAACACAGGGGAUUUACAAGCUACAAAACAGGAGAACCCCAGAAGGAAGAAAAAGAAAGCCAGCAAGAGGCUACCUCUCCAGGAGGUGGUCUCCUCAGACUCAGAUGACUCUUCCUGUGGCAACAGGUCCCGAGAUUCCCACCCUAAGAGACACCCAAAGCCCAAGCUGGGAGGGGGACAUCAUGUCUCCCAGGAACACCCUGAAGUCUCUCUCAAGGAUAGUGCAUGUGAGCUCACACCCCAGUUUCCAGGUCAGUUUAGGCCCUCAAACACCCUUAAGUAA